GUGAGAUGCACUGAGAGGAAGACGCGCACUCACGCCACUCUCACUCGUUCACUCUUUCAGAUCUGAAAACCCAGACGGUCCUCUUGCUCAGCUACCAAGGACGAUCCGAGUUUAGGUUUUGACAAAAAUGGUCACGGAUGCUAAAAACCCUCUUGGAGAAACCACCUGCGGUUCUUUGUUGCAGAAACUGCAGGAAAUUUGGGAUGAAGUUGGUGAGAGUGAUGAGCAACGAGACCGAAUGCUUCUGCAAUUAGAGCAGGAGUGUCUUGAUGUAUACAAGAGAAAGGUUGAGCUGGCAGCAAAGUCAAGAGCACAGCUUCUUCAGGCGUUGUCUGAUGGAAGAGUUGAGCUGUCCACUCUUCAGUCAGCUCUUGGAGAAAAAAGUUCUGUUGGAUUUCCAGAGAAGACUUCUGGAACAAUCAAGGAACAGCUUGCGGCUAUAGCACCAGCACUGGAACAGUUGUGGAAACAGAAAGAAGAGAGAGUAACACAGUUUGCUGAUGUACAAUCACAGAUUCAAAAGAUUUGUGGAGAAAUUGCUGGGAACCUUUCCCUUGGUGAGACUCCUGCUGUUGAUGAGUCCGAUCUGUCCCUGAAAAAGUUAGAUGAAUAUCAAUCCCAACUUCAAGAUCUUCAGAAGGAAAAGAGUGAUAGGCUGCAACAGGUGCUUGAGUAUGUGAGUACAGUGCAUGAUCUAUGUGCUGUACUUGGAAUAGACUUCUACAGUACUGUUACAGAGGUUCAUCCUAGCUUAAAUGACUCAACUGGUGUGCAAUCCAAAAGCAUUAGCAAUGAUACUCUAUCCAGGCUGGAUCAGACGGUCUUGGCACUAGAAGAAGAUAAGAAGCAGAGGCUGCAUAAGCUUCAAGAGUCGGCAGCACAGCUAAUUGAUCUCUGGAAUCUGAUGGAUACCCCUGAAGAGGAAAGGAAACUAUUUGACCAUGUUACAUGUAACAUAUCAGCUUCAGUUGAUGAAGUGACUGUUCCUGGGGCCCUUGCGGCAGAUCUGAUUGAGCAGACCGAGGUAGAAGUUGAGAGGCUUGAUCAGUUGAAAGCAAGCAGGAUGAAGGAAAUUGCAUUUAAGAAGCAAGGGGAGCUUGAGGAGAUUUUUGCUCGAGCACACAUUGAAAUAGAUACAGAAGCUGCCAGAGGAAAGAUUAUGGAACUCAUUGAUUCUGGGAGUGUUGAGCCUACUGAGUUACUGGCUGACAUGGAUGAUCAGAUAGCAAAAGCAAAGGAUGAAGCUCUCAGCAGGAAGGACAUCUUGGACAAAGUGGAGAAAUGGAUGUCAGCCUGUGAAGAGGAGAGUUGGCUUGAGGACUACAAUCGCGAUGAGAACAGGUAUAAUGCAAGUAGAGGUGCACACUUAAAUCUCAAGCGUGCAGAAAAAGCACGUAUUCUGGUUAACAAAAUUCCAGCUCUGGUUGACUCAUUGGUAGCCAAAACUCGUGUGUGGGAAGAAGAGCGUGGUAUAUCAUUUACUUAUGAUGGUGUUCCCCUCCUUGCUAUGCUAGAUGAAUAUGCCAUGCUCAGGCAAGAAAGAGAAGAAGAGAAGCGGAGGUUGAGGGAUCAGAAGAAGAUUCAAGAGUUGCAGCACACAGACCAAGAAAGCGUAUUUGGUUCAAAGCCUAGCCCUAGCCCUCGACCAGUUGGCACCAAGAAGGUAGUUGGUCCUCGUGCAAAUGGUGGUCCCAAUGGAACUCCCAGACGAUUAUCACUUAAUGCUCAUCAAAAUGGAAGGUCUGCAGUGAAAGAUGCAAAGAGGGAUCCUAGGCCUGUUGCUCCUUUGAACUAUGUUGAACUAUCUAAAGAGGAUGCUGCAUCCCAUGUUUCUGGAACUGGUUCUGGCAGUGACCUAAUUCCAGCUUCACCAUGAUAUUAACAGAGAUCACAUUUGUAGGUGACAUUUCUGUCAAGUUUAGUGUUGUGACUAGUUACUGCUUUAGGGAUAUAAUGUAUGAAACAGUGAGGGUAAAUGGACAGUGAACUAUCAGUACCUGUGUAUGUUGUAUUGUCAUUUGGAGGCUUUCUAAAUACAUGUUGCUUUCCCUGUUCUAGUUUUUUGGUAGUGUAGCAAGCAUGAGGCCUGUUCCGGAAGCUACUCAGUC